CAAGCAGCUGAACAAAGCUAUUUUCUUAAAGAGGAGUUCCAUUAUCUGGACGUUACUCAGAUCAGAAAGUUCACGAUACUCGACAUGUUUCAUUGCGCCCUGGCAUGUCUCCGAAAUAAUUUAUGCCUCUCAUUAAACAUGGCCUCUUCUCGUGGGACAGAAGGAAAGCUUUGGUGCGAAUUACUUUCCUCCGAUAAGAACAGAAACGCUGAGAACUACCACAAAAACACGAGUUCGCAUAAUUUUUCCAUUCAGCGGGUAAGAACACUUUAACCAUUGUGUUAAAACUCUAACACAAGGCAUUUGCAAGAGAAAGUAUUUAAACGUACUUGUUCUCGAUGAGGUAUGCUUAUUCACAGCUAUCGCAACUACUGUUCAAGUAUUCACUGCGUGGUCUUAACAGUCAUUUCCUCUCUUUCAGUCUCCAUGUUCUUCAUCGCCGUGUCAAAAUGGAGGAACCUGCAUCCCGAAUUUUAACUCCAACACUUUUGAUUGUCUUUGUAAAGAAAGUUUCUUGGGAGAAUUUUGCGAGAAAGGUAAUUCAUUAAUAUUUUUAUCUUACUGUCUCUCUCUUCCAUACUUUUCUUAACAGUAGAAUACAAAUGGUUCUGACAUCACACUCUAUCUUUCAGCAGUAAAAUCAUGCAAGGAAGAGUACGAAGCAAACAAGUAAGAGGUUUUCACAGCUUGCUCAUUUGAACCGAUCUUUUCUAAAAUCCUAUCUUCUGUGACCAUGGAGACGCAGAGGUGGCCAGCUGGUUAAAACCACAUUGGAACUUAAGAACGGAGCUCGGCGACGUAUCAGUCAGGAAGUUUAAAAAGUACAAAUGAUAAAGAUUGGCAUCAUAAGAGAGUCAAUUACUUAUGUAUCUACUCCUCUUGUAUAUUAACAGACCAAACGUGAGUAAACUGGUUUCUCUUCAUCUGGGCUCACAGCCAACGACAGUUCUUUGUCACAUGGGAGAUUUUGGAUGCGGAGAUGGAGGAUGGACGCCAGUCAUGAAGAUUAACGGCAAUAAGGUACCAUGUGGAAUCGAUCCUCUAUCGAUUAAUUAUCAUGAUCUUUCACUAAGAGGUAUUCAUCGACGACGCAAACGAUUGGGUCGUACGAUUUUUGGGAGAUGAGUUGUCACUAACGGGGUAUAAGGGGGUGGGAACUAUAUAAAUCUGACUGCCAAUAAGAGGGGAUCAUUAUAUACAAAAGAGCCCAAGAGAGGGGGGGUAAAAUAUAUGAUUGUGACACGAAAAAAAUCCUCCACGAUUCGACUCACAAGAGACCAAGUUACCUACUUACUGGAACAUAUCCUUCUCCAAGAUCUGUCUCAGCAUGAAGAUCGGCGAACAGAUCAGGUUCAUUGUAAUCAACAUGAUGGCCAGCUCUCUUUGUUCAUUGAUCGCUGACGGGGAAAACCGAAGCACUUCAUUGGGUCGUGCCACGUGGAAGAAGCUUAUUGGCUCAGAGGCCUCGUUGCAGGUUUACCGUAACACGGAAGGGUUCAAUAUUAUGUGUGGUGGGUCUGGUAACUCCAAAGCAAGAAUCGGCACCGCUACUAACAACCAGGAUGACUGCCUCUCUUGCGACUCCAGGAUUGGAUUUGGUACAGGAGGACGAUAUGAUCCCUAUAACACCUGUGGAAAUGAGGCUACUCGUGAACCGGAUAAUGGAGAUAAACACAUUAAAGCCAUGGGUUACAUUUUGGUUUAUUGA